AUGUACCCCCGCGCUUCAUGGCCAGCAGGCGACGUCUGCUGGAAAUGCCGGUGGCGCCUUGCAAGUCAGCGCCGUAGAUUUGCCCACAGAGCCCUACUCCGCACCGGAAUCGCUUCAGACCCAGCGCCGCCACUCACACAGCGUCGCGCCUUCCACGCCACUCGACCCGCCUCUCAGGCCGCCCUGUCUUCUGCGAGUGCCCUCCCGCGCAUCGACCCAGCGCUGUUGCACCCUUCGCUACAGCAAAAGCUGCCCAUCCGCGAGCGCCUGCACCAAUGGCAGCAGCACUUUGGUGGGCCCGAUGAAGAGACUCUCAAUGCCUUUGAAAACCAUCCAGCCCGCGGCGAUAUCCAGAACAACCUGAGCAAGCUUAACUAUGGCACCAAGGCGGAUGAAGACGACGGCGAAAACGAAUUUGGAAUGACAGAGGACAACAAGGACGAAGAACUCAUCACCAUUGGCCUUUUUCUCAAGCCCGGGGACGUCGUCGAGCUAUCCGUGCCCGGGCGCGAGCCAGUGCUUGCUGUCUUCGUUCAGCAAAUAGACCUCACUAGCCAGUUCUUCUCAGUCAAUGGAAGAUGGUGCCACUCCAGGCUGACCAGCAUCUCAUUUGCCGUGCCUGGCUGCAUCGAUCCCGCUCUUCUCGCACCUUUGUCGCCGUAUAUGCCUACAGGGCUUGAUGGAAUAGCUCUAAAAGAUCCCGUUCAGGUCCCACGAGAACUUGGACGGCCCGUGCAGGACGUUCUCCAGCAGCUGACUGCCGAAUCUGAGAGGAUAUACCGCACGAAUGCUCCCGUACUCGACACUGCUUACUCUGUGCUCGCCGAUGCUACCCGCACCCGCAUGAUGACUCUGGCACAAAUCGCAAAGACCUUGCUCGCCAAAGGCGACCCGGCAUGGGCACCUUCGCCUGCAGCCCUUCUCGCUGUGCGAAAGGCAUUAAACCACAAUGAGUUCCGCUUUCGCUCAGACGCCCGCAGCCAGCGCUUGACCAACGUGUUCGCCAUCAGACCCAAGAACGACGUGGAGGUGGUGGAAACGGUGCAGGGUUGGAUCCGAGAGCACCGAGAAUACGAGGCGUCAUUCGCAAACAAAGAUGGCCAUCUACUUCGCAAACAUAGCAAAGGCGCGACAUAUAUAGCAGAAUUUGUCGACAAGGCACGUCGGCUCAUCGCUAUCAGCCGGAAAUACCGCGACCCGAAUCCUGGGUUUGUGGGACCUAGCAAGAUGCGCUUUGCCAUCACCAGCCAGUCAUCUGCAAUGCGAACUACCUGGGGCGAGGACUUCACGAGUGCUGACAGGCAGAUCAUCAAUUUCCUGCAAGCCUGGGUGCUUACGAAUCAGUUCAAAGGCAUGCCGAAUCUUCACUCCGCUUGCACUUCGAUCCUCCAUGCUACCGGAUGCUACGAAAACUCGAUUCGGAAUGAGGGGGGCUCUCAGCCGGAAAUGGGAAGAGCUACGGGCCAGCUAUUUUUACAGGAAAUCGGCGUCAUCUCUCCCCACGAGAACCGCGCCAUUUACGACGAACAACUAAUGCUCCCGACGGUCCGCCUUUCUCGUAAUGUCGAGCUUCUCAACACCAAAGCUGAAUCGACAAGGAGGAAUCCAGACUUCCGCGACGCAAUGGCAGAUAUGCGCCGAGACUGGGGCUCAACACCCGUAUACUGCAUCGAUUCUGCGGAUGCUAAAGAAGUAGACGACGGACUCUCCAUCGAGCGAAUCAGAGGAGGGAAAUCUGAGUUUUGGGUACACGUCCACGUAGCCAACCCGACCGCAUUCUUCGACAAAACCCAUGUCUUAUCCGGGCUUGCUGCACACAUGACAGAAAGUGUCUACAUCCCCGAGCGCUCGUUCCCCAUGCUGCCAUCAUGGGCCACUCAAAAUUACUUCAGUCUCGAUCGCAAUCGGCCCGUCAUCACGUUCAGCUCGCGUGUAGAUCGAUCUGGCCAUAUAUUGGAGUCGAAAAUUCAGCAUGGCAUAGUUCGUAAGGUCAUUAACAUCACACCCGCUGAAGUCUCUGCCUAUCUUUGCGAGAACAUCGAAGAAGAAGUGAUGAAGCUCGUCGUCGGCGGCGAAUUACCUUCGCUAGAGACGAGUCGGUCUCGGCCUAGGCUGUCCUCUGACCAGAUUGAAGACCUGCGAGACUUGUACACUGUUACUGGCGCCCUAUGGCAAGCUCGCAAGGCGGCUGGUGGCAUUCGGCUUGGUAUCAGAGAUAGCGAGGUACGUCUUUUUGAAAACUCCCAGCAAGCUGGCAUGACUUGGAACCCUCCCUCUCUCGACAAAGCGCGCCAUAUCCAAGGUGAUCCCAUCAUUGAAAUCACCGCACGGACUCGCAAAACCAGUGUUCGAUUUGACAUCGAUUCCAGCAACAUCGUUGAAGAGAUGAUGAUGCUCGCUUGCCAGUCUGCCGCGUCUUGGUGUGCUGAGCGAAGCAUUCCGGUGAUGUUUCGUGGCACCGUUGAACCUCCAAACACGGUAUCGCUCGAAGAGUUCCAAAAGACGGUUGUGUUUCCCUAUAUGGAGAAGCACGGCUCCUUAUCACCCAGUCUUGGCUUUCGCUAUAUUGAGGCACUGGGCCGAGCCAUAGCGCAUUCUUCGCCUCUUCCCCACAAGAUCAUUGGAGCUCAGAGUUACCUCAAAGUGACGAGUCCUUUGCGACGGUUCAGUGAUAUGAUUGCGCAUUGGCAGAUUGAAGCUGCGUUACGGUACGAGGCUCGAACGGGGAAGAAAUUGAACGCUGCGCUCCUGGCGAACUCCUCGCGUCCCAUAUUACCCUUCUCUCAACGGCAAAUGCAGGAAUCAAUUAUCACUCUGUCCCCCAGAGAGAGGAUCAUCAGCCAGACGAAAAGGCGUGCUACCAACUUCUGGGUAGUCCAAGCUUUUAUGCGGGCUUUCUGCUACAAAGAAGCACCCCUACCGGAUACCUUUACUGUUUGGGUCAGGUGGGCCAAGGCGAGUUGGAAUACAGUCGCCCAUUUGAGCGAGUACCCUAUUCAAGUUCAGCUGCUAGAUGCUCCGGACACGACGUAUCAAAUGGGUGACCAAUGGGAGGUGAAGCUCCAUCACGUAGACCUCUUCAGCAGAAUCAUCUACGUAGCGCCGGUCCGCCUGCUGCAGCGGGAUACGGAGCAAUUAUGA